CUUCUUCAAUCAUAGACAAGAAUUCAGUCGUGCCGGUUCGCGCUUCGCGCGCGUUUUUUCUUGUUGUCAAAGUUGUUUAUCGAUGUUAGUUAACCAUUUAUUAUUCAAUUAUAUAGUUAAAACAAAAUGUUAAAAUCAAUUGAAACAGUGAUUUGACAUUUUAUGUCCCUUUUUAUUAUUUUACAUGUUAACCUACGAGAUUUGUGUUGGACCUGUCAAAAAGUACGCGAAUAUUUGUCACUAGAUUUUUGCAUAAUGUCUGCAGAAUGUAUGAGAAUGAAUACAUAACUUUAACUCCGAAGCGAUGCGCACUUACAGAAGUUACAAAUGCCAGCUAUGUGUCUCCUACUGCUAACCUCAAAUUGUUGACCAACGUUGCACUGCAGUACCCCACGCCGCCACCGAGCGCAGUACAACGAAAAGAAAAAUCCUUGCAAAUAUUAUGCGACAAAUUUCUUAACCUAUUUCCACUUCAAUGUAAUGGAACAAUGAAAAUCCAAUUGGAUAGCACUGCGGCCAGGUUGGGAGUAGAAAAAAGAAGAAUGUAUGACAUAAUAAAUAUUUUAGAAGCAAUGAAAUAUGCAGUCCAUGAAAAGAAAAAUACAUAUUUGUGGCAUGGCGAGUCUGGCCUUAGUUCCUUUUUAAAAGUUCUUAAAAAACAAGGGGAAAAUCUACGCUUAUCUGAGGCUUUGAGAGGGAGAGCACCUAAACCUCUGCCACCUAAACAUAAAACACUAGGAGUACUGGCCAAAAGAUUCUUAAUGUUAUUCUUAGUAGAACCACCAAAUACUCUAAUAAAUUUAGAGAUGGCUGUGAAGGUAUUAAUCGAUACUUCAAAUAAAAACAAAACUGAUCUCUCACCAGAGCAACUGGAUCGUCAACACAAGUCUAAAGUACGAAGGCUCUAUGACAUUGCUAAUGUAUUCAUAUCAAUUGGUCUCAUUGAAAAAGUUUCAGGUAAUUUAAUACUAAAGAAGCCGGUAUUCAAAUAUGUUGGAAGGUAUAAGGUUAAUAGGUUUGAUGAUUCCAUCAAAACACCAUCUCCGAUAACACCCCUCACAGCAUUAGAUACAUAUCAGAAAUUAACCCCUUGCCAUGUGUAUGCGGGUAGAUCGAAACGAAAGUUAGAAUUCACCACCCCGAGUAGUGAGAGCAAACUGGGUGUAACCACACCCCCGCACACACCCUCCCACAAGUGGGAUGAAAUCCUACUUGUAGCAGACAUGGAGCUGAGUAGAAUUAAUAAAGGAGUUUAGUUGUGAUUGUACGCUUUAUACAUACUUAUUUUAUGUAAAUUCUAUUUAAAAAUGGCCAUAGUAAACUUUUUAUGGUAAAUGAGAGAAUAUGUGAGACAAUCAGCUGAAUACUGCAACAAAUCUUUUGGUAAGCGCUGCUUAGCAUCUGACAGAUGUUAAAAUUAUAAAGGAAUUUGGCCCCUUAUCAUUUAAAACACUCCAAAUAUAAAAAUUGUUUUAAUAUUCAGCUGAAUGUUUAGUGCUCUAGAUAACAUAUGUAAGGAUCUCUGCUGACUGGUAACAUUAUUUACCAUCUGGUAAGCUAUAUUUUUAAUCUGACAUUUAAUUUGACUUUAGUUCCUUACAAAUGUUUUGCAAUAUAGAAAUGUGCCUUAGUUUGUUAACUUGCUGUGCCUUACUUUGCCAGCAUAUAUUAAUAUUCACUGAAUGUUGACAGUGAACUUGACUGAAAAUUAAUUUUAGGCAGAUUGAGGGUUAGCUAAUAUCUGGUACCCAAAAAUUUCAAUAAAAAAUGGCUAUUCAGAUAUACAUUUUUUAAAGUUAUAAUUUUUUUACUCCAAAUGUAUUGGAUAAUAAUAUCUGACAAUCUUAUUUAACAACUGUUAGCAUCAUUAUUUACAUGCUUGUGGUAUUGAGAAGGUGACCAGAUAUUUAAAGCUACAAUGUGGUUUGUGUAAUAAAUAAUUGUAUGCUUAGUCUUCCAGGGAUGUGCUGUAAAAAUAUCUAAAAUCUAUUUUAAAGCAUCACAAUGCUUUAUAACUGUUAGAAAUAUAAAAAUUUUAAUUUAUAAACAGAAAUUUUAUGUGAGUCCCAGACAUAGCAUUAUAUUUU